AUGAAACAUCACCAGGACAAGAAGAAUGUGAUUGCCAAAUGCAUGUUCUUUAUAAUGAUUAUAUGCAAGGUGAAUUGUAGCCCUCCAGAGGAUCCUAUAAAGUGUACACUCAAUAACUCUAAUUGUACCAUUACAAAUACUUAUGGUGCAUUCCCAGAUAGAAGCCUAUGUCGUGCAGCAAAGGUUGUCUACCCCAAGACAGAAGAAGAGCUUAUCUCAGCUGUGGCAAAUGCAACUAUGACCAAUACAAGAAUGAAAGUCGCAACCCGUAGCUCACAUAGUAUUCCUAAGCUUGUGUGUCCUGAAGGCGAUAAUGGACUUCUGAUAAGCACCAAGUACCUUAAUCGAACAUUAGACGUUAAUGUCUCAAGCAUGACGAUGACUGUGGAGAGUGGGAUGACACUCAGGCAGCUGAUCAAUGACGCUGCAAAGGCGAAACUGGCUCUGCCUUAUGCACCAUAUUGGUGGGGACUGACCAUCGGUGGAAUGAUGGGAACGGGUGCACAUGGUAGCUCUUUAUGGGGUUUGGGGAGUCAAGUUCAUGACUAUGUAAUUCGACUUCGGAUUGUGACUCCAGCUACAGCUGAAGAGGGUUAUGCAAAGGUCCGGACACUUGAAAUUGGCAACCCUGAGCUUGAUGCAGCUAAAGUGUCCCUUGGAGUUCUUGGAGUUAUUUCACAGGUGACGUUGAAACUGCAACCGCUUUUCAAACGCUCUGUCACGUACAUAACAAAGAACGAUUCGGAUUUUGGGGAUGAAGCGGUCAUCUUUGGGAGACAGCACGAAUAUGCAGACUUCACGUGGUAUCCGAGUCAAAAACAAGUUGUGUACCGAAUUGAUGAUAGAGUUCCCUCCAACACUUCGGGGAACGGUCUCCUUGAUUUUCCAGGUUUUCGCUCUACGGCUUCAGUACUUCUAUCAGGUUUAAGAACUACAGAGGAAACUGAAGAAUUACUGGGUGAUGCUGAUGGAAAAUGCAGAAACGGGAAAUGGACUACAUCCAUUUUGAAAACCAUGGCCUAUGGCUUGACAAAUGAUGGGAUUUUGUUUACGGGGUUUCCCGUAGUGGGAUAUCACAAUCGACUCCAAGCAUCGGGGACCUGCUUGGACAGUUUGGAGGAUUUAACAAUCACAGCUUGCCCGUGGGAUCAUCGUGUCAAAAGUCUAUUUUUUCACCAAACUACGUUUAGCAUUUCCUUGUCCCAAGUCAAAAAUUUCAUCGAAGAUGUGCAGAAACUUGUAGCCCUCGAACCUAAAUCCACGUGUGGACUGGAUCUAUACAAUGGAAUACUAAUGAGAUACAUUACGGCUUCGACUGCAUACCUGGGGAUACAAGAAAAUGCACUAGAUUUUGACAUCACAUACUACAGAAGCAAGGACCCAACGAACCCUAGACUAUAUGAAGACAUUUUGGAAGAAAUAGAGCAGAUUGCAAUGUUCAAGUAUGGUGCAUUGCCACACUGGGGAAAGAACAGGAAUGUGGCAUUUGAUGGGGCAAUCAAGAAAUACAAAAAUGCAAGUGAAUUUCUCAAGGUCAAAAACCAAUAUGAUCCACAGGGGCUAUUUUCCAGCAGUUGGACGGAUCAAAUUCUUGGAUUAAAUGGUGCAGUAGUGAGUAUUGAUAAAGAGGGGUGUGCUUUGGAAGGCUUAUGUGUAUGCUCUCAGGACAUUCAUUGUGCCCCUAAGAAGAACUAUUUUUGUCGUCCGGGCAAAGUUUAUCGGGACGCAAGAGUUUGUACUAAGGUUGAUGCCAAAUAA